AUGCUUGCAAGGAACUUCAAGCCGAUUGAGAAGACUACCCUCUAUCUGGCCUUCUUCAUUAACGUCAUCUUGCUGUUCCACAGAGUUGACAUCAGACAUGCGGAUACUUCAGAAGUGGAAGAGGACGAUGAUACGGUGGAAACAGUGUACAUCAGCGGAAUGAUGAUACCGUAUAUCGAUUACGAAAUCACAGGAUGGGUUCUUGCACAGGUGAACCACUGUUAUCCCCUAUUUUUGAGGGUAUUUCUUUUAUGAAU